AUGGCUCCCAGUGCGGAGGAGCUACUGCGCCGAAACACGGUUGGCAUCAACAAAGAGACAGUCUCCAACGUUGCCUCGACAGAUUUCCCCGGCCACUUCCCCGGCGAAGACCACGCCUUUUCCAUUGAGCGCUUCCGAUCCGCCUUCUCCGUCCAGUUCCACCGCAACGAGCUCAACGAUGCGUCCUUCUCCCUCAUCGGCAUCGACGCCUCGCUGGCCAACGCCUUCCGCCGCAUCCUCAUCGCCGAGAUCCCGACGCUCGCCAUCGAGGACGUCUACAUCGAGAACAACACCUCCGUGAUCCAGGACGAGGUGCUUGCCCACAGGCUGGGGCUGAUUCCCUUCAACGGAGGGCGCGACGGCAUCCACAACUUCCUCAAGUGGUACAAGAAGCCCGAGGCCGGCGAGGACCCUUAUGCCAACAGCUUCGACUGGAACACGGUGCGCCUCGAGCUCAACGUCACUUGCACCGUCAACGAGGACGCCGCACCAAACGAAAACGACCCGCUAAAGGCGUACAACCACGCCCACGUCUACGCGAAGGAUAUCGUCUUCGUGCCCACGGGAAGGCAGGUCGAGUACUUUAGCGGCGACAACGCAAUCGUCCCCGUCAACCCGGACAUCCUCAUCGCCAAGCUGCGGCCGAAGCAGACCAUCAACCUGGCCAUGCACAUGCACAAGGGCAUCGGCGCCGACCACUCCAAAUUCUCCCCCGUCGCCACCGCCUCGUACCGCCUGCUGCCCCUCAUCCACAUCACCAAGCCCAUCAUCGGCGCCGACGCCGAAAAGUUCCAGCGCUGCUUCCCCCAGGGCGUCAUCGGCCUCGAAAAGGUCACGCGGGAAGAGGCCAGCAAGUCCGGCAGCGGCUACGAGGGCCACGCCGGCGAGUAUAAGGCCGUGGUCAAGGAUUCCAUGAAGGACACCGUCAGCAGAGAGGCUCUGCGGCACCCAGAGUUCGAGGGCAAGGUCAAGCUCGGCCGGAGGAGAGACCACUUCAUCUUCUCCAUCGAGAGCACGGGGCAGUGGGACAGCGACGAGCUGUUCCUCGAGGCGGUCAAGCAUCUAAAGCUAAAGUGCAAAAAGUUGGAGCAGCAGGUCAUCAACAUGGUUCAAUAA